AGAUGGCAACGGUUACCGUGCCGUCGCCGCAGUCGCCGUGUACUAAAAAACCUCUUGAAAAUAAGUGAUAAAGCUAUUGGAAUGAUACCUUAUUAAGAUAAAGAUUUUUAAAUAACAUUACCACUUAUUUGUGACCGUUUGUAAUAAAUUUAUCCAGUGGCAUUGUAAUACUCUACAAAAAUGGAUCUCCACCGGCCAGUCGAGGGCAAUAAGUCCUAUGACAUGAUGACACCUGAAGAAAAACUCAGAUAUGACCAUCAAAAGAUGCAUGAACUGCAUCGCGGGCAUGACUCCAUGCAUAUGAAGAUGGUGCUGAUUCUCAUCAGCACCCUGGUGGUUGCCCAGAUCGUUGUGGUGCAGUGGAAGAAGUUGCAUUAUAGGUCUUAUGCAUUCUUCACAAUGGUGUCCAUGUGGUCCAUACCGCUGCUAAUAAGUACCUAUAACCACUCAUACAGGUUCAUCAUUGUAUGGACAAUCUUCACUCUGCUUACAUCUCUGGUCAUAUGGAAGUCCUCACAAAAACCCAUGUCAAACACCACACCAAGAAUGGUGUACAAAUGGUUCUACCUAAUAUACAAAGUGAGCUGUUUCUUCAUGCUAUUCGGCUACGUGGUGAUGGUGCUCACGUUCUUGAGUGUGAAUGUUGUGUUCAACCACCGGCCGCAGUCAUGGAUGGACGUGGGACUGAUGUGCAUGUUCUACGGAGUGUACUUCGGCGUGCUGGGCAGGGACGUGGCGGAGUAUUGCACGGACAAAAUGGCGGCUUCUAUAGGGUACUACACAAAGGAGGGCAUGCCGACAAGGCACCUAGAAAAUAACGUUUGCGCCGUGUGCGGCAAUAAACUACUAGUCGACGUGAAUGAAGAAGGUGUAUUAGAGAACACAUACAAGCUGCCGUGCGGGCACGUGUUCCACGAGUUCUGCAUCCGCGGCUGGUGCAUCGUGGGCAAGCGGCAGACGUGCCCCUACUGCAAGGAGAAGGUGGACCUCAAACAGAUGUUCACCAACCCUUGGGAUCGUCCCCACAUACUCUACGGCCAACUUCUUGACUGGGUGAGAUGGUUGGUUGCCUGGCAACCGCUAGUAUUGUUCAUGGCACAAGGUAUCAACUGGGUGCUUGGACUUGAAUGAAGAACCACGCUGCGAGAAUUCCAAGCCGCGAAAAAAGGAAGUUGUGGACCGUAUUGAACGAAUUAUGAGGAGUUUACUCGUAGCACGCUCUAUACAAACGUAAAAUAAGGCUAAUGAAACUAGAUAAAGAAUGUAAACAAAUAACAUUUCAGUCAUGACAUGACUGAAAUUAGAAAAUUUCCAAAAUGUUCCCUGUGUGUAUUGUAAAUAUUAACAGCACUAAAGGAACUCGAUAUAGCAAGCGCCCGGGCGCUGCGAAGACGAACGUAUAGCGCCAUAAAGAAAGCUAAAAGCUAGUUGUAUUUUGUUUCAUAGCGUCAUUUUUUCUAAUAUAAAGGAAUAUUAGCCAUGUUAAUCAUGACUAAUAUUUCCCAUUUCCCUCCAAUUAAGCGUAAAGCUUGUUUUAAAGUAGGUACCACAAUAGUGCAACAGAUGGGGUUUGAAUGAACCGCUGACCUUUCAGAUUUCAGUCCACUCCUUAAUCGUUGAGCUAUUGAGGCUCUUAAAUUCACAGUACUCAGUCCUCGCGCCCCGGGCGCUUGCUAUAUCCAGUUUCUUAAGAGUUCCAUGUAAGUAUUUAUUACAAAUAUUUAAUAACUGAAAUGUUGUCGACCUUGUCUAUUUUUUUUUACUGUGUUAUUUUGUUGUUACAUAUUAAUUAUUUUUAUGUAAUUUUUAUUUUGAAGUUUCUAAGAUAAUAGUGCGAAACUAAAUAAUUAUUUAAUUUAGAGACAAACUGUAUACAAAACAAUUUAUUAGAUGAAAUAUGAAUAUAUACCUGUUAUAUGAAUGCGAACGGUAGUUAGUUAGUUGGUUUGUCCUUCAAUCACGUCGCAACGGAGUACCGAGUCGACGUGAUUUUUUGCAUGGUUAUAGUAGAAGCCCUGGAAAAUGACAGGUUAUUUUUUAUCCCAGAAAAUCGAGGAGUUUUUACGGAAUUUUUCAGGAGAAUAAUUAUCCGUUUCCAAAAUGUAAGUUAUCUUUGUGUCUUUCCUCAAAAUCGCUUGUGAUCGUCGGUUAGUAUUUACAUAUAACUAGGCGAUACCCGGGACUUCGUCCGCGUGGAUUUAGGUUCUUAAAAAUCCUCUUCGAUUUUCCGGAAUAAAAAGUAGCCCUGACUAAUUCUAUUGUAUGCAAUAUCUAAAGUAAUAUGACAGCCCUUAAUCUAAUGCUAUCUUUUUCGUCAAAGAUUAUUAUGAAAAGGAUAGCACUAGAUUUAUAGGCCUGCUUAUUUAUAGAGAUUGUGUACAAUAGAAUUUGCCACUAUAUCAAAGAUCACGUCGAUCCGUUGCCCCGUUGCUUGUUGAAGGAAACCAACAAACAAACACGCUUUCGCAUUUAUAGUAUAGGUAAUGUUCUGUGCUUUCUGGUUUAUCUACAGUUUUCACUUUGUGACGCAAAAUGUAAGAAUAUGUCUCUAUAUGUAAGUUAUGCAGUAUUGUAUAAAUGACAUAAUAAUAGUGUGUAAGCGUCGUGUGUGUGUAUCGUUGAAUCGAUUUGUAUAUUAUUUAUUUUGUACAGAAUAAACUUGAUUCAAUAUUUUCGUUA